AUGCUUACUGUUGAUCCUAUAACCCGGAUAUCGAUUCCUGAAUUACGCCAGCAUCCUUGGUUUCAAUCUCAUCUUCCAGCAUAUAUUGCAGUCCACUCACUCAUUGGUUUGCACAUUCCAAAACAGCCUCACCAGGGCAUGGAUCGUCCCGAGAUAUAUUUGAGAUCACUUGAUCAUGCUCAAGAAAAGUGGACACUUGGUUUCAAGUCUCAAGCAUCUCCACAUGAAACGAUGACAGAUGUUUUGAAGGUUUUUCAUAGCCUGAAUGUCCAAUGGAAGAAGAUAGGACAUUACAACAUGAAAUGCCUCUGGAUGCCUUCACUACCUAAUGAUUUCAAGGCUACACUUGACGAUGGUUUCACCAAAAUAAGACACAUCUCUGGCCCAGAGCACUCUAUCAAGGGUGCGAGGACGGGCACUAAAUCAAACGAUGCUGUCAAGUUUGAAAUUCAGCUUUAUAAAGCCCCCGGAGAAUUGCAUGUACUUGAUUUGCAAAGAAUUCAUGGCCCUCCCUUUCUCUUUCUGGAAAUAUGUGCUGCAUUUUUUGCUCUGGUAGUGGCAUAG